CGGAGGUGCGAGUUGACAGCUCGUUCUCUCUUCUCGUGUCGUCGAAUCGUCACUCGCGGCGAAACUCUCGUCCUGACAGGCGAAGACGCGCGAUGCCGCGAUGCCUCGCGCGUCGCCCUGAGUACCGAGCGCGGUCGAAACGGGCGACGGUGCCCGAUCGAAUGUCCCCGUUGACGGCCACGGUUGCCCUUUGGGUCUCCUUCGUUCCGUGAUCGUGCUCGACGUUCUUCGCGCCCGAUCGCGCCCCUCGAUGUUCAUCACGAUGUAAGACCUCGCCGACGAUCAGAUCGAUCAUCAUCCUCGCCCUCAUCGCUGUAUCUUUGCAAUUGUCAUCGACCGUCGUCUCGACAGCGGCAGUUACCUGCAGUUUUUCUAGAAUAAUUCCAUGAAAAACAAAGAAAUAUGAAGAGAUUUAAUUGAAUCGGGUGAGCGCAUUUGUGUUCAGAAAGCAAGUAUCUGUUUAGCCAAAAAAAAAAAAACAGCAAAGGACAACAGAAAAUUCGGCAUGAUCCGUGGCAGGAGUAGAAUCAACUUGGAAACAUUAGAUGGGGCGGAGGAGGCAUGGAAGCCACAGCUGGCCGACCGUCUCAUCAGAGACUCUUCAAGAACACCUUGCCAUCACCGGGAAUACCCGGAUUAGAUGUCAUAAGAGCCUUACACCAAACGAUCGUGUCAUUGCGUACGGCUCUGGACUCCUCGCGCGAAGAGCUUCGCCGAUUACAAGAGAGUGUCGGGGAUUUCUCCAGCGAGAGUUACGUCGACGCCGUGAGCCGUCUGGCUCUUGAGAAUCACGUCCUCAGACGAAGAAUCUUGAGCAAGAGCUGCGAAUUCUCAUGUGAUGCGGCAAUCAGCUCGCCGCUUAAGUCGAAACGCAUCCGACUCGUAGAAACUUCUCGUAUGGAUCGACCAACAGAUUCAAAAACUACCAUGGAUGUAUCUAAAGAGAAGAUCGAUGAUAAUGCUCGCAAUACAAAUAAAUUUAAUCAGCCUGCUUCUGGACACAGCAGCAGUAGUAGCAGCGGCAACGAUAGUCCCGAUCUGCCUUCUCGUGCUAGCCGAUCCGAUAGACUGCAAACUAUAUCGAAAUCCUCUAGAACUGCAAUUACCAAAGGCACCACUAGCUCAACAAUUACACAGGCGGCAUCUACGAUGCUAAACGUUCACUGUGAGAAUGAUAAAACCUCGAUUUUGACGACGAACGCAACUAGCAACGAGGAAGAGCCACACGAAAUUUCAGGCGAUGCGGUCAAUAUGGAUCACUUGGACGUUCCUGAAAAGGAUACUGGUGAGGACUUAAGUUUGAAAUCCAUUUCUGACGGUGACAAUUCUGUGUUCAGUGAUCACACCGAUCAACAGACACCUCGUCAGAGUCAACCAGGUGAUUCAUCGAGACCGAAUGAACAUUCGGAAAACGAAUCGGAGGAGCUGGACGACAUCGAGCUGAUAUUUACGACAGAUGAAACUUGUCGUGAUCUCGGCCUGCAAGAGGACCUGGUAUCUAUCACGGAAACCGAGUCGUGGCAGCAUGCGGGUGUCGGUAGCGGUCAGCCUGUUCUACUCAAGUAUACAAAGUCGGCGGAAAACGAGUCGUUGGUCUGUAAUGGUGACAAGACUAGUUCUGUCGAGGAAGCAGUCUCCUCGCAAAGUUCCAGCAUCGAUCGCGAGGAAAGCGUUGACAGAUUCGACGAGAGUUCCAACACCAGACUCAACAAGAUGUGGUCGCAGUGUUCCGUCUUAGUCGAGACGGACAUCAGCAAAUGCGGAAUUGUGGAGGAUGCUGAGAGCUCAACGGGAUCGUCUUUGCGACAUGUUGCGAGAAGAAACACUUUGGCCGCACCGCCAACAACUUACAGACCUAUUAUUCAUCGGGAGGCUUUAGCUGGCAGUCGUAGAAAGAGCUCCGCUCCAUUGCGGCCAGUAAUGGACCGUAGUAGUGGUGCCCGAAGAGAAUCUGGUGCCCAAACGGAUAUCUCCGCGCUUCCGGCACAAUGGAGAUCCGAAAGCUAUCUGGCCCACAAGGUUGCGCACACCUUUACGACGCUACCGAGCAAGUUUGCGCUUCCAACGGGCGUGCCCAGCCGAUUGAGGUUGUCGGACAAAACUCGAGAAGCUAGAAGAGUGAUGUUAUCAGACAUCAGUUUCACUAGUAUGGUACCCGAGUUAUCAAGAAGUGCUGAUCAUUUGUGCCAUGAUUCACACGCGCAGUGUCUUAGCUCGCGCAACUACGGUUUUCGUACACCAGAAAUCCAUAGACGCGAAUCCCUGGGUUCUCCCGCGGGAUACUGGCCACGUUGCAAUCCCGCAACAAGUCUGCCAAGUCCCUGCGAUUGUCGACUAUCAACUGACCUGUAUCCUUCGCGAUAUCGCGGCUCUCUGACAUCAAUACCGUCGCCCGGUCUCGAGGUUGUCGGUGGUCCAUCGCGAAGGCACUCUUGGAGAGCAACGGCAGCAUCCUUUGACACAUGGAGAGUUCCAGUCGCGACUUCAACGCCACGUCCGACCUGGUCUUCGAUGCCGUCCUCUCCGACACAUGUGCAUCCUCCGUCGAUCUCCUCCAGAAUUUCAAAAAGUGCACCAAAGAGAACACGAUCAAAGGUGACUUUCCAAGAAUGUCCAAUGACACGCGGUAGUCUACCCAAUUUGCGUUCAGACUUAGUCGGCGGUGAAAAUAGCGGGGAUUCCACCGAAUCAUUGAUCGAUGAAGCCGAAGAUUAUUUGCGGCGAAGUAUCGAUUCUAUGCUGACAAUAUCGAGCAUCAGCACGGAUUAUUGGAGUAAGCAAACAGCGAGACGAAGAAGGACGCGAAGACAUUCGGAGCCUGACUUAAUUCGCGAUUGGCAUCCUCCCCAAGAUGCCAGGCCAUAUUUGCCAAAGAUACCAAGAGAUCUCAAAUUAGAUCACCUUGUGAAGGUCAUAUCGCCGGAGGGCAGGGUCCUCCAAGGACGUGUGAGAUACGUAGGUCCAGUUCCAGGCCGAGAAGAUGCGCAUGUGGGAGUAGAAUUGCCAUAUGUUAACGGUUCAUCCGAUGGUACUUUUCAUGGCAGAAGAUUCUUCGAUUGCGAACCGGAUCGUGCGAUCUUCGUUCCAUUCAAGAAGGUAGUGCUUGCCUGGUGCACUACUUGACCCGAAGCAUCAACUCCCAUGGUCACGCCUCGUAUUCUACUCUCCCAAUACACUAUGUAAGAAGAAAGUGAGGGAGAGAAAGAUAAAGAAUUCGGCGACACGUAAGUCGUAUUUACAAAUUAUCAUAUUUGAAAGCUGGCCAAUCCUCUGGUUAGAUCAAGUGUAAUGCGACUAUCUAUAAUCUUCGUCGAUUAAUUCUCUCAUCCCCAUACGGAAUUGUAUAGCUGUUUAACUACGUGUGUGUAUUAAAAUUAUCAAAAUUGAAAAAAAUAAUUUUAGGUGCCAUAAAAAUAUAAUAACGAACGCUGUAUCAUAUGUCGUGUAAUACUAUAAACAUGUAUGUAUGUAACAUAUACACGCUCUAUAUAUGUAUAUGUACAUACAUACACUAAUCCAAUAAUAUAUUAUAGCUUAUUCUGUUUAAAACAUAUUUGACAGAUCGAUAAUCACUUCUAGCCUUAGAGGCUUAGUAGUGACAAAUUCUGCAAUAUAUCGACGUCUCUUAUUGUGUACCUAAUUUUCUACAAAAUAUUUUUUUUUAAAUAUGAAGCAAAGUUGAUAAAGUCUCAUAGCUUGCCUUUCUAAUGUAGCACAGUUGAAGAAGUAAAAAGUAAAUCGAAACUUAUUAAAAGAAUGUCAAAAUACAGUCCAUUAUCGAGUGCAUAUUAACGCAUUCAGCUGACAAAAUAUAACCAAAAUUGUAUCGAAAAUGGGAAUCUGAGAACAGCUAUAAAAAGCCAAAUCAUAAUCAAUAAAAUUUCGCACUUUCAUCUUCCUACUCAUAUUAACGUGAUUAUAUGUACAAAAUGUAUGUAUAAAUCGCAAAAUGAUUUUCUUAAUGUUCAACAUGCGAUAUCAUAUACCAAAAAAAUAUAUAACAAACCUAUAAGAUAACUUUGAAAAACUUAAAUGUAGUAUUGUGUUACGCUCUAAAGAUAAGAACAAACAUAUUUGGUUGAACAGUAAAUUUGGGAAUGAGGGAAUUAAAUUACAAUUUUAUUACAUAUAACUGGAGGAUAAAAGCAGCAGAAUCAACUGUUAAUUACAAUUUUUGGCAGGAAUAAUCAAAAUGAUCUAUUAAUUAUUAAUUAAUUAAUAUUUUUUAUCAAUAAUAAUUUGAGAGGCUAUGUGCAGCGAACGCUGAUCUUUUAUUUCGGAUGGCGUAGCAUUGUGAUCGUAUUUCAAUAUCGAUAAAAUGACAUUUGCUUGCGAUAUUAUAAUAUAAAGCUCUUAAGAGAAAGAUUGUGUACCAUUGUGUUUCUCAUUCAAAGGAAAAAAAUGAUUUUUUUUGGCUACUAUGAUUACAAUUACUUAUUAUUAUUAAUACACACAUCGAGAAAAUAUUCACAUUAUCCUGAGCACUCUAUUAUAUAAAUAUAGAAAAAAAUUUUCUUCUUGGAUACUCUACUCGAGAGAUCGUUUCCUUCGUUGCAUAAUAUUCUAUUUUUUUUGGCACGAUUAAAUGUCGAUUCAAAUUCUUUUCUUUUUUAAGGGAAGAAAUUUGCAUGUUUCUUCAGGAUACUUCAAUUUAAUUCAAUUAUUUGGCACAAAAUCUUUUUAUCAGUUUUCUCAAUCAUAAGUAAAAAGUGUUGGAUAAAAUCCAUAAAGCAUUUAUCUGGUGAUUGAUAAUUUUGAGCAGUCUCGAGUUCGAUCUUAACCCAAAUAUCUCAUGAAUUGAAUCUCUGAUAUCGCAGAUUUGGCGAGAUUAUUCUUAAGAUUUAAUUUUGCUGUAAUGAGUUAAAAUUUUAUUUGAAACCGUUAUUUGAUCUCAUUAGAAAAAUCAAUUAAAAUGAUAAUUCAAAAAAGAAAAAAAAAGAAUAUGUAGAUAUAUAUAAGAUAAUUUUAUCAAAAGUCCAAUCGGACCUUUGUUUACUAAUUACUUUAUUAAUUUAUUAGGUGACUAUUCUAACAUUGAUCUAUCCAUCACUCCGCGAUUUAAUUAACAUAAAAUAAGAUUACAGUAUACAUUUUUUCGAUGUGCGUAUUCUUAACUGGAACUAAAGAAAAUAGAGAUAAAAAUGAAUCCGUAAAAAGAGAUAUGCAAUAGUAAUAAAUGCUAUUAAAUUCAUUAUCAACAUAAUAAUAUUUUUGUGCGUUGCUUACGAGCUUUCAACGAGCAAAUGCUUUAGUGUAUGCUAGACAUCAAGAGUGUUUUUCUAUGUGAAAUUAGGCCCAUUUGAAGACAUGCACUGUAUCGAGAUAUUUAUGAUUCAGAAUUUGUCGACGUUUCUACAUGUUUGAUACGUCUAACUUAAUGUGGCAAAGCAUCUCUGAUGUCCCAAAUGAUGUACGCGCAUGUAUAUGUAUUUUACAUAUAUAUACAUCAAUUUCUGUACAUUUUGAAAAAAAAAACACGCGUAUAUAAACGCUACACUUGGCUGUACAAAAAUAAAAAUAAUCAUAUCCUAAGGCUGUACCUCUUGUCUUAAUCGAUGGAUCUGAUUUAUUCGAAUUUGAACUGAUUUAUGAGAAUCGGUCGAUGCGUUUUUCUGAAUUUUUAGAUCCAUGGAUACCUAGCUGAAUAUAAUAUAUUAACGUAAAAAACGAUGAGAUGUAAAACUCACUAUUUAUUGUAUCGUAAAAAAUACGAAAAAAAUAAAGAAAAUUGGCUUAAAAUGUAA